GUCAAAGAUUAGAGAAGCUAGGGUUUCCCACCAACCAUAAAAACGACUGCGCCUUUUAGUACAACUCCUGCUAGUCCAGUCCAAUCAUUUCCCGAUCACAAUGUCUGUUCUUCAGCAUACUCACAUAGCAGCUUCACUCUCAUCGUCGACAUCCUCCUUCUUCGCUCAAAAUGGCUUCGAUGUUCCAAGAACUCAGAUUGUAAGUGUACCUCCCAAAAAGGCAGUGGUUUGUAAAUGUGUAGCUACUUCCCCGGCAGAACAGACUGCUUACAAAACGAAAGUCUCCCGAAAUGGGAACAUUGCUAAACUUCAAGCUGGUUACCUCUUUCCAGAGAUUGGUAGAAGGAAAGCUGCUCACAUGUUGAAAUACCCUGAUGCACAAGUGAUAAGCCUUGGUAUUGGUGAUACUACUGAGCCCAUUCCAGAUGUUAUUACUUCAGCCAUGGCUAAGAGAGCUCUUGGAUUAUCAACUGUUGAGGGUUACAGUGGAUAUGGAGCAGAACAAGGUGAAAAGGAACUAAGAGCUCGACUUGCUUCAGCUUUUUAUGCUAACCUUGGCAUAGAGGAAGAUGACAUAUUUGUAUCUGAUGGGGCUAAAUCAGACAUUUCUCGCCUUCAGGUCUUAUUUGGGUCAAAUGUGACAAUGGCAGUUCAAGAUCCAUCAUACCCGGCUUAUGUAGAUUCAAGUGUGAUUAUGGGUCAAACAGGAGAAUUCCAGAAAGAUGUUGAGAAAUUUGCAAAUAUUGAGUACAUGAAAUGCACACCAGAAAACGAUUUCUUUCCUGAUUUAUCCAAAGUUUCACGAACAGACAUUAUAUUUUUCUGUUCACCCAACAACCCAACUGGCUCAGCUGCAUCAAGAGAACAACUUAUUCAGUUAGUAAAGUUUGCUAAAGACAAUGGAUCCAUCAUUGUUUAUGACUCAGCAUAUGCCAUGUAUGUAUCAGGCGACACCCCUAAAUCCAUCUUUGAAAUCCCUGGAGCCAAAGAGGUUGCAAUUGAAACAGCUUCUUUUUCAAAAUAUGCUGGAUUUACAGGAGUUCGUUUAGGGUGGACUGUAGUCCCAAAAGAGCUGAAAUAUUCAGAUGGAUUUCCUGUUGCAAAAGACUUCAACCGAAUUGUUUGCACUGGGUUCAAUGGAGCUUCAAACAUUGCUCAAUCGGGUGGACUUGCAUGUCUUUCUCCUCAAGGUCUUGAGGCUAUGCGUGAAGUGGUGGGAUUCUACAAAGAAAACACACAAAUUAUAGUGGAUACAUUUACUUCACUAGGGUUUAAGGUAUAUGGAGGAAAAGAUGCCCCGUAUGUGUGGGUCCACUUCCCGGGUCAAAGCUCAUGGGAUGUUUUUAGUGAGAUUCUUGAGAAGACUCAUGUGGUGACGACACCUGGCAGUGGGUUUGGGCCUGCUGGUGAAGGGUUUGUUAGGGUUAGUGCUUUUGGACACAGGAACAACGUGUUGGAAGCUUGUAGGAGGUUCAAAGAGCUUUACAAGUAA